CUGGAGUUAAAAAACAGGUGACGAACAUGAAGUAGCCUAGAAUAGUUCAAGUUUUGCCGUGCUUCUAACUAAAAAAUAUUAAUUUUCUUUCAAGCAACCAAUCUUAUUUUACAGUAGCCUAUAGAUCCUGCCAUAUUAUAAUUAGAGAAUAGGACCUUACAGACUAGUCGUGGAACCGACUGUCUUAUUUUUGCUUAAAUUAAAUUCAGGCUAGGCUUUUCAUUUAUCCUUUUAUCCAUUUAUCGUUUUACAGCGAAAUGAAGUGUUCUCAAUGUCAAACGCUGAACUGCGAGGAGGGACUGCAGCUUUGUUGUAAAUGUCGAACAUUCGCCGAGAAAGAAGUAUCACACGUCUCAGGAAUGGGCAGUCUUAAAGAUUUCGCUUUCGACCGAGGAAGAAGUGAACCAGCUGUAGACUCUGCUCUUAAAUACCUCUCAGAUGAAGAGGACUUUGUUGAUGCCAGCGAUUCAGUACCUGAUUUGUACAGUAAGCAAGAAGAUGCAUCACAGUCAUCAGAAGCUGGUUGUCAAGGAGACACAAAUCCACAGCCGACUGAUGAUGGCCCUUUUCCAAGAGAGAUUACAGUUCACCAUAUAAGCACUGACUGUGUUUCCUUGGGAUGGGACUCCCCAGAACCCUCUAUGAAAUGGUCCUAUGAGGUGACCCUCUCCAGCUGUGGACAGAAGGAGAGUCUCCGUGAACAAGACUCCAACACUGCUGACUUUGAGGGCUUACGCCCAGGCACAGAGUACAUCUUCAACGUGGUUUGUGUUUCUGAAAGUGGAGUUCGGAGCAAAGCCGUCACAUUAUCCUGUUACACAAUGCCCAUGCCUCCAGAGAAAUUGCGGAUUGAUCACGUUAGCAGUGACUCAGUGUGUCUCAGUUGGCACCAUCCAGAUGGUGAAGUUGGGGAGUAUCAUGUGACCUGUUCCAGAGAUGGGGAAGGCACCAGAGAGGAGACAACAGCCUCAAACAGCCUGACCUUCUCCAGUCUGAGACCAGGUGUGAAGUACACCUUUAGGGCCUCAACUCUCCUGAAAACCGGACCCAAGAGCCAGUUUGUGGCGGUAUAUGUCCACACAAAAACCGUCUUGGAGAGCCUACUGCUGGACUUGGGUUUGGACUUCAUAGAGAAACUUACCUUGAGCACAGUGCUGCAGAUAAAUGAGAAGACCAUCUCUGGAGAACCAGCUCAUUCUCUCACAGACCUUCCAUGGUAUUUCCUGAAAAGGUUAAUGAUGGUUAAUGUUACAGCUAGGAGUGGAAAGUGUGUCACCUCUGUGGAUGAGGCUAAUUGUGAUGCUUCAUUCUGUAGUAGUGACUUUGAUUUAGAGAGUUUGGUUGGCAACCUGGACGUGAAAAACAUGGUGAACCCUUUAGAUAUUGUCACUGCUCUCUUUCUGUCCUCUAAUGGUUUCCUGCAGCAAGAGAUGACCUUGAAAAUGUCCAUGUGUCAGUUUUCAGUGCCACUGUUGCUUCCAAACUGUGACUCAGAUCAGUGCACAUUCAUGCUCUGGGCUCUGCGGGACAUUGUUAAAAAGUACAGACCUCAUUCUCUAAAUGACCCAAAAGGAUUUGUCGAAAACAGGGUUGUGCUUUCAGACCUUCCUAUGGUGUCUUUUGUCAGACUGGGUGACUGCUCCAUGUCCAAGUCGCAGAUUUUAAACAAACUUCUAAGCAACCCCCAACAGUAUCACGACACAUUUGUUCACCACGAUAUGGAAUGUGGCGAUAGUCCAAGAAGGAUAUCAAAUGGAUUGGUUGAAAUCAGUUGGUACCUCCCUUGUGGGAACAAAAACAUAGACAUAUUUGGUGAACCUGUUGCUGUAGCCAACCUUCGAGGUGACAUCGGUACCUUCGAGACACAAUACUCCUUCCUGUGUCAGACCUCAGCGGCGGUUUUUGUUUUCUUUGACAACUUGGACUAUUCACUACUGACCAGUCAACACACGAAGGCACAGCUCUUCUUGGUAGGGAACCCUCAGAGUCCAAACUUCAACGUUGAUGUUUUGAAGAAAACUGCCUCCGGGCUGAACCUGAAAAAGAACAACAUAAUCCUCAAGACCAAACAGAUGAACGAUGCAGAUUUUGUCAAAAACCUACGAAACACAGUUAGUGAUGUGAUUAAGACCUGCAAAUUCAAGAUGCAGCUGGAAAAGAUGUCCGAUGUGGCCCACGAGCUUGGAAUCCUGGUGGAUGAAGACUGCCAGGAAUGUCAGACUGCCAAGCAAAAUGCGUUUGCCAUCACUUCAAACAUAAAGGACACAUUUCUGUACAAAGAAAGUCAACUACCCUUGCAAGGACAGAUAUGGAAAGAGCUAGCUCGUUUGGAAAAAGAAGAAUGCAGACUGAGGAAAGCUGGUGAUAAAAACAUUGAGAUGUACAAGAGUGAGCUCCAAACGAAGAAAACAUUACUCAGGAAAAAACAGGCUGAAUGUGACAUGUCUGAUGCAAUGACCUGCUUCAUCAAUGCCAUAUCAACACCUGGAUUAGAAAGGUCCUAUUUCUUGAAAUGGAUGCGAAUGAACCUUGACAAUCUGUCCCGAGAAAGCCUCAGUGGUCUUAGGGAGCAGUAUAAAGACAAAUGUCAAAACUCCUCUGAAAACAAAGAAGAUAUCAAAGCUCUUGACAAACAGAUUUCAAACAGUUCCCUAGGAACUGAACAUUUUCUCCGUGAAAUGGGUCAGCUCUAUGAAUCUUCAGUCUCACUCCCAGAGGGUGAGGUAUCACGGCAACAACUUCUUCAUCUUCCCAAGCUAUGUGCAGAGUUACUCCUGGAUGGAUAUCCCCUGGAACUGGUGGACGGAGAUGCAUCCAACAUACCACUGAGAUGGGUGACUGAUGUUCUACAUGAACUUGAUGCCUUGGUGAAGCCAAAGAACAAGAUCAUGGUGAUCACGGUUCUAGGAGUCCAGAGUACAGGGAAAUCCACUCUCCUCAACACCAUGUUUGGGGUCCAGUUUGCAGUCAGUAGUGGAAGAUGCACAAGAGGGGCCUUUAUGCUGCUCAUCAAGGUUAAAGAAGACUUCAAAAAGCAACUUGAUUGUGAUUUUGUAGUGAUCAUUGACACAGAGGGUCUCAAGUCACCAGAGCUUGCACAGCUAGAUGAUAGCCACGAGCAUGACAAUGAGCUAGCUACGCUUGUGAUUGGGCUAAGUGACAUCACAAUUAUCAAUAUUGCCAUGGAGAACUCGACAGAGAUGAAGGAUAUCUUGCAGAUAGUGGUCCACGCUUUCCUUAGGAUGAAAGAAGUGGGAAAAAAGCCCAAGUGUCAGUUUGUGCAUCAGAACGUGUCGGAUGUCUCUGCACAUGACAAGAACAUGAGAGACAGGAAAUUGCUGUUGGAGCAGUUGAAUGAAAUGACCCAAGCAGCAGCCAUGAUGGAAAACAAAGAGGGUAACAAGAACUUCACUGAUGUGAUGGAGUACAAUCCAGAAACAGGCAACUGGUACAUCCCAGGACUCUGGCAUGGAAACCCACCAAUGGCGCCAGUCAAUGCAGGGUACAGUGAAACUGUCUAUGAGUUCAAAAGAAACAUAGUCCAAGCAUUAAGAGAAUGUAAAACUUCGGGCAAUAACAUCAUGGACUUUCUGGAGUGGACUAAGAGCUUGUGGAAUUCUGUGAAGUAUGAGAACUUCAUCUUUAGCUUCAGAAACAGCCUUGUGGCUGAUGCGUAUAUGAGGUUGUGCACGGAAUUCAAUAAAUGGGAUUGGUCAUUCAAAAAGCACAUGUACACAUGGGUUACUAACGCUGAAACGAGGAUCUCAAACCAUGGAACAAUCAUGAAUGAUUCUCAAACAUCAGACAUUCAAGACUUCCUUGCCAACCUGAAAAGUGAAGCCUCCACAGAGCUUUCUAACUGGGAGAAAACUAUUCUUGACAACUUGACCAAGUACUAUGAGCAAACAGAAGGCCAUGUGUAUCUAGUUGAGGCGUACAGAGAAGACUUCUCAAACACUGCGAAGAGUCUACGAAGAGAAAUGGGGAACUCUGUAAUUAAUCAACUGGAAGCAGCUGUUGAAAUAAGACGAGGAAUGAGCAAUCUUGAAGCAAUCAAGAAAAGCCACACAGCCAAACUUGAAGAGAAAGUGUUGGCUCUGAUUAAAGACUGUAAAAAAAGCAAGAAAAACAAGUCAGAUGAAGAGCUUGACAAAGAUUUUGACAACAUGUGGGAUAUAACUGUACGUGAGUUAUCCUUCAAGAAAUUAAGUCCAAAAAACAUUGGUGAAAGUGUGUCUAAGGCACUUCGCUUAAAUUUGCAACAGAAAGGAAGUUCAGUACAUCAGAAAAUACAUCACUCAAAUUUGAAUCAAUGUGGAUUAAGUCCAUUCAAAGUUCCUGAAAACCUAUUUGAUCAAUGCAAAAAUGCAUUUAACAAUUUCUUUUACAAUAAAGAUUAUAUCCGUGAGACCCAAGUACUUGCAGACAGCAUCAUAGAUGCUUGCACCCUGUUAGUUGAAAAAGAAUUACAGCAUUCCAAUUACCAUGACAACUACAUCCAGGAGGUCCUACACGUGAUAGAUGAUAGAUUGUAUGCUAGUAGAAAUCUUAAGACUAAUGCAAAUUUUGAAGUCUAUUUAAAGCUCCAUAUUUGUGGAAAUGCAUCAAGGUCAUUUCAGAAGAUGCAUGAACAUUUCAUAGAAGUGAAUGACCCUUGCAGAUGCUUACAUCAGUACAAAGACAAGUACCGUGCUGACUUCAAAGACCUGUUCAACAAACGAGACCAAUGUCAAAAAAAAGCGGAUGAAUUUACACUUUUAUGCCUCAAACCUGCUGUGGAAGCCAGUGUCAAAGAAUCCCUGGGUAUAGAUAUUGUGGAUGAAAUGCUGACUGGGAAAGAUUCCCUUCAGUUCAGCACUCGAUCUUUUUUUCAGUAUUCAAUCUUGAAAGAUUUGCUGUCCAAAUCCAUAUUUGAGAACUAUGUCAGCUAUAUUUCCACCUAUGAAAACUUUGUCAAGAAGUGGAUACUUGAUCAAAUCAAAAAACGCUUUUCAAAAGGGUCUAAAAUGUAUGAAUUGGAAGAACGACAUGUGAAAGCAAAUGUCAAGAAAAUAACAGAGGCCAUCACAAAGGCUCAAACAGACAAAAACAACAAUUUGGGAACAUUUGUUCAGAAUAUCUACAAGGAGCUUGAAAACACAUUGGUUAUUCCCAAAGAUGCUUUAAGUGCCUUCAUGAUCCUCAAUAAUGCCAACCAUGAGCAGUUUGCUGAUUGGCUGACAACAUCUGUUAAUGAAAUGGGGAAAACACUGAGUGAAAAAUUUCAAAAUGACGAUGACAUCGAGAAGAAACUGAAAAAACUGCGGAUUAAGCCACAGAAUGAGUUGUUCACCAGAGUGUUUGGAUGUGGUGAACAAUGUCCAUUUUGUAAAGCACCAUGUGAGGCAGGUGGACAAGCCCAUACAGACCAUCAUGCUUCAAUACACAGGCCCGAGGGUCUUGGUCAGUACAGGUGGAGUGACUCAACAAAACUAGUGACUGAUAUAUGCACUUCUCUUGUGUACAGCGACAAAGAGUUCAUCUGCUUCCAUACAAAUGGAAAAAGUCACCCUUUUAAAACGUACAGAGAAAUUUUCCCCAAUUGGCAAAUUCCUGCAGAUUCAAGCAUCCAGGCCUCAGACUACUGGAAAUAUGUGAUGGCUCAGUUCAACAAGCAGUUUGCCAAAGAGUACGAUGCCUUACCUGCAGAUAUCCCCACAACUUGGAAAAUCAUCACAAAGGACCAGGCAGAAAAUAGCCUCAAAGAGUCUUUUAGCAUGAAGUAACAGGCUCUACCUGCCUCAACGAGAGAGUCUCAUAAUAUUUUUUACACAACUUCAAAGACAGUGGCCUCUACAUUGUUUAGUUUAAACUCAUGGCCAGAAUUUAGAGAUACUUUAAUAAUAAGGCGACAUCUCGGAUGUUAUAGUUAUGGCAUGUACUGUACUUCAUGGAUUGUAUUACACUACAUGAGUUGAAUGUGUGAAUCAGACUGGAUUAUCAUCGUCAUGGAUACCCAUGCCGUCAUAUUGAAGGGUUUGCCUUUUUGAGCCAAAAUUGGUUGGCCGAUUUUUUUUGUAUUCAACCAACUAGAUGAUGGAUUAGUAAUGUGUACUCAUUUAGUGGAUGUUCUUAAUAACCAUGUAUUGUAUUUGAGGUAACUAAGCAUAUGUAGUCUAUUAUAUGAAUUCAAAUAUCGCACUAAUAACUGGAUGUUUUGUAGUUGGUUGUACUGAUGGUUGACCCUGCUUUAAACCCAAAAAAUGUUUAUUUGUUUAUGAUUGUUUUGCAUGGAUUAUUUAACAUGUAUCAAUGUGGUUUAAGUUCUUUAUAUCCACUUGUAAAAUAAUUCAAAUACCACACUCGUAACAAACAUUCUACUGGUGUUCAGCCUUCUUGGUAUAAACCGAAAUUUUACUUUUGUUUCUUUCAUUUUUUUCUUCUAAAGACAGAUUAUCUGAUUGUGCCUUAAUGUGGUGGAGUCUUUUUACAGCCACUUCCAUUCAAUGUAAUCAAGCAUUCGUAGUCCACUAUGUAACGUGAUUCAGGAUACGGUGAGAUGCAAAUACAGUGUAUGUAACUCUUAAAGGAAACCUGCAUCCCACACAAGGAAAACAUCAAAUGUUAUUUUCAUCUAUAUGAUUCUAAUGUUUCCGUCUGAUAAUUUGUAAUAUUCAGAAGAUACUUUGAACUGAAAAGCUUCCAUAUACCAUGUUUUAACGUUGCAGAAGAUGAAUAAAGAGUCAAAGUCACCAACCUA